AUGGGCGCUGACGACGACGACGAGAAGCAUAUGCAAGGGCACAAGCAUGAAUUCGCCCAUGACAAUCAUGAUGAUUGGGAAACUCAACCUCCCUACACAAGACCCGAUGAAGCCACUGAGAAGCGAGAGAACUUUGAAAAGAAAGUUCAUGGCUCAUGCCACUGCGGUAGAGUGCAGUAUUGGCUUAACAGCGACAAGCCUCUUGCGUCCAAGUACUGCCACUGCAUAGACUGCAAGAAGAUUCACGGUGCUCCUUUCCAAUGGGCGGCUAUCUUCAAAAAGACAGACCUCUCUUUUGAGAACGGUGUCAAGAACCUUCGCUUCUACAAGACUUCGUCUAAGAAGAAUGAACAUGUUCUUCCCUGCAAAGUAGGCUGUGCCGAGUGCGGAAGCUGGAUCAUGGAUGAGGGACGAAACAUGGUUCUUCUAUUCCCUACGCUUUUGAACCUGGACACGCCUCAGUUGCGGGAGAACUUCCAGCCACAGUGCCACAUUUUCUACACACAGAGAGUGGUUGACAUUCCUGAUGGAAAGGACAAGUGGACGAAGCUCGAUAAAGACAGCGAGCUGAUGGAGGAGGUUGAAGAAGUCGAUGACGUUGCUAGGAAGCGGCGGCGUUGA